CUGGGGUGUUUCUUUCUACAAAAUAAAUCCUACUGUUUUGAUUCCGUAAAUAUAUGCACCAUCAGACAGCUUCUGCAAGAAGGUUCGCAACUGGACAUUACAUGCUUCGGGUGCGAGCUGUGGUGAUGACCCGAGACGACUCGAGCGGGGGAUGGGUGCCCAUGGGCGGGGGCGGCCUGAGCCACGUCAUGAUCGGCAAGGUGCGGCGCCCAGAGGAGGGCGGGCGGCAGCGCCAGUACCUGAUCUGCGGGGAGCGCCUGCGCGACCAGACCACCAUUCUGGAGUGCGUGCUGAAGAAAGACCUCGUCUACAACAAGGUGAACCCCAUCUUCCACCACUGGAAAGUCGGCGACAGCAAGUUCGGCCUGACCUUCCAGAGCCCCGCUGAUGCAGCAGCCUUCGAGCGGAGCGUGCAGGCCGCCCUGGAGGAGCUCGCUGAAGGUUCUCUCUCCUCCUCCUCCUCUUCCUCCUCGUCUCAGGAUGAUGCUGAUGGGACGGAUGACGCAGGGUUGAUGCACACGGACAGCGAAUCUUCCUCGAACAGCCGGAAGGAAAUGCUCCCCAAACACAUCACCAUUGUGACCAGCGAGUCCUCCUCCAGCUGCUACAUCCGCUCACCUGCCUCCGAGGAGUUUGCCUUCAGCAUGGCCCAGGCGUCAACGCCGACCGGCCAGGGUGGGCAGGUGCAGACCCAGCCCCUGCAGCACCUGACCCUGCACGACGAGGAGGAGCUAGAGAGCAUCAACCCAUGCAAGGACCUGUGGGUGAGCAAGGGCUAUGAGGACUACAGGCGGGCGGCAGUGCAGAAGCGGGAAGCCGACCCCGACAAGGUCGGCAUGUGCGUGCACUUCGAGAAGGGCAGCAAGGAGCGCCGCUUCCCUGCAGCAGGGGGGGGCGGUGAGGGCCGCCUCAGAGACCCCAAGGGGUCCCCGUCCUGCCGGAUCCAUGCCACCCCUUCGCCCCCAAAGCAGAAGCACGCCAAGGAGCCAGGGGCCGGCGGUGGGGCGGGCUCGGAGGAAGACGCCGUGCCCUCCCGCUGCGUCUAUUGCCGGGACGUCUUUAACCACGAGGAGAAUGGGCGGGGCCAGUGCCAGGACGCGCCGGACCCCAUCGGACGCUGCGUCUACCAGCUCACCUGCAUGUGGUGUGCCGAGAGCAUGCUGUACCAUUGCAUGUCAGACUCGGAGGGCGAGUACUCAGACCCUUGCUCCUGCGACCUGGGACACCCGCACUUCUGCGUCCGCUGGAUGGCACUGGUGGCCCUCUCCCUCGUCGUGCCCUGCAUGUGCUGCUACCUGCCGCUCCGCGCCUGCCACUGGUGUGGAGAGCACUGCGGCUGCUGUGGUGGGAAACACAAGGCUGUGCGGUGAAGCCGGCUGGGUUGCGGCGCUCUUCUUGGCUUGGCUGGGGGGGAGAGAGGCGAAGAGAUGGAAGCAGAGUCUUAAAUGGCAGCGGGGGGGCUGAUUCCCCCUUCUCUUGCACGCCCCACCCUCCGUGUCCCGUGUUUGAAGGGGGAGGGGCUAGGCGGUUUUAUUCCGAGUGUCAGGCGUGGCCGGUGAGUUUCAUUUUUUUUUUCCUUUAAAAUUUCAACAUUUUGGGUCUGUUUUUAUAAAAAAAAAAAAAAAAAAUUUUUAAAAGAAAAAGAAAUGAAAGAGAGAAAA